UGUAUAAAACAUGUUGUAAUGUAUUGUUGGUAUCUGUAACCUAUGCAUAUUGCAAAGAGAAAGACUUGCCUUUUAAUUAAUAACAGAAAGAUUAAAAAAAUCAUUUGAAAGUGAAGUAUUAUGUCGAAAACUUUUCGACUGCUUAAAAAACCAUGGAAUCACAUCAUUUCUUAUAAUUCCCCAAAGAAUGUUUUAAGCGUCUUCACAAAACAAGGUUUAGCUCAAAAAACUCACGCUUCCUGUUCUUAUAGACAAUUCUCAUCAAAACAGCCGUCUUCUGGUGACUAUGGGAAAAUAUCUCAGAUUAUCGGACCAGUAGUUGAUGUUUAUUUUGAAAAAUCUAUUCCACCCAUUUUAACAGCAUUGAAUGUCGAAAUGGAAAAAGGAGCUGUCGUAUUAGAAGUUGCUCAACAUUUAGGGGAAAAUACUGUUCGAACUAUUGCCAUGGAUGAAACAGAGGGAUUAAUCCGUGGCCAGCGGGUCGUCAGCACGGGCCAGCCUAUAUCGGUUCCGGUCGGUUCUGGAACAUUAGGGAGGAUAAUGAAUGUCAUUGGAGAGCCACUAGAUAAUUGUGGAGCCAUCAAAGCAACAUCUUAUGAUCCGAUUCAUCGAGAAGCUCCAUCUUUUUUAGAUUUAAAUACAAAACCUCAAGUUUUUGUAACGGGAAUAAAAGUUGUGGACCUUUUAUGUCCUUAUGCAAAGGGUGGCAAAAUAGGCUUAUUUGGAGGAGCAGGUUGUGGAAAAACUGUUCUCAUUAUGGAGCUCAUUAAUAAUAUUGCUCAAAAUUACGGUGGGUAUUCUGUUUUUGCGGGCGUCGGGGAACGUACUCGGGAGGGCAAUGAUUUGUAUCAAGAAAUGCUUCAAACAGGCGUUAUAAAACGCACUCAACGUGCAGAUGGAUCUUAUGAUUUCAAUGGCUCAAGAGCAGCGUUAAUUUAUGGUCAGAUGAAUGAACCACCAGGCGCUCGUGCUCGUGUGGCACUAACGGGUCUUACAGUAGCUGAAUAUUUUCGCGAUAAAAAAAACCAGGAUGUUUUACUUUUCAUUGACAAUAUUUAUAGGUUCACACAGGCUGGAUCAGAAAUAUCCACGUUACUCGGACGAAUACCAUCGUCCGUAGGCUACCAGCCCACAUUAGCAACAGAUUUAGGUUCUUUACAAGAACGCAUAACAUCAACAACAAGGGGUUCAAUAACAUCCGUACAAGCUGUCUAUGUACCAGCGGACGAUUUGACGGAUCCAGCUCCCGCAACAACCUUUGCUCAUUUAGAUGCUACAACUGUUUUAUCACGUCAAAUUGCAGAAUUAGGCAUUUAUCCCGCAGUAGAUCCUUUAGAUUCCAUGUCCCGUAUGUUAACUCCCGAUGUCGUAGGAGAGGAACAUUAUACAAUUGCACGUGAAGUACAAAAAAUUUUACAGGGGUAUAAGUCUCUUCAAGAUGUCAUUGCUAUUCUGGGUAUGGAUGAACUCUCUGAAGAAGAUAAGUUAGUAGUAUCUCGCGCUCGACGUAUUCAAAAAUUUUUAUCGCAACCUUUUACGGUAGCAGAAGUUUUCACGGGUAAACCUGGUCGAUUUGUCGACCCUGAAAAAUGCAUUCAUGGAUUUAAAGAAAUACUAGCGGGAAACUGCGACGAUCUUCCUGAAAUGGCUUUAUAUAUGGUGGGCGAUUUAGAUGAAGCUAAACAAAAAGCAAUGGACAUGAAAACCUAAGCUCCGCUACACUUCAUCCACGUCGUAAAUACCUACAAAUUUGGAAAAAUGUGCUUCAUUACUUUUCUUCCUCUAUUUUUAUUUAUUGUAAUUUGCCGUCUUUUGUAAUGAACAAGGAAAAUAUUAGAACAUGCUGCUGUACUGUUUGAAAGUGACUCCGUCUUAACUCUUACAUAUCAGACUUUAUUCUCUAGCAUUUUUAAUUUAUCAAUUAGGUGAAAAAAAAAAACAUUAAGCAUUCAAUAUGUUAUGUUUUGAUUGUUUUCUUCGCUGGGUUUAGACAACUCAUAAUUUUUUUUAUAUUAAAAAAAGGGUUUAUAGGUUUCAUAUAAACGCAUAUUUAUAGCACUCAAUUUAUGUCGUAUCUAUAAUAAUACAUUCAAAGAAACUGUUGUUCAGAACAUCUCCAUAUUUGCAAACAGACAAUUUUAUAAUAGAUUAUAUACUAUAAGAUAGAAACAAAAUGGGCGUUUAAAACCCAGGAGUGUAAUCAAGGCAUCUUGGCUUAGUCUUGUAAAGGUUUUGUGUGGCGAGCAUGAAAAACUAGCAAUCUGCGGUUUGUUCAAAUUUCACAUAUUUAAGGAUCAAAGGAAUGAUGUACAACGCAUUUCAAUUCUUUUUUUUUGACAUUCAAAGUGAAAUGAUAUUUCUGGAAAAAAAAGGAUAGCUACUAUAAAUAAAAUUAAGAAAUUUAU